AUGAAUCCUCCAAGCCCCAAAAAUCUGUCCUCUGAAUCCUCUCCCAAGUCCUACUUGAAUCCUUCAAGUUCUCUGAUUCGUUCAGAGUACCCAAAGAAUCCUCCAUGUCCUCUGAAUCCUCCAAACCGUCCCCCCGAAAUCCUCCAAGCCCCCAGAAUCACACCUCUAAGUACCUCCGAAAUCCUCCAAGUCCCCCCAAAUCCUCUAAAGGUCCCUCCGAAUCCUCCAAGUCCUCUGAAUCCUUCAAGUCCCCCAAAUCCUCCAAGCCCUCGGAAUCCUCCAAGUCCCCCGAAUCCUCCAAGUCCUCCAGAUCCUCCAAGUCCUCUGAAUCCUUCAAGUCCCCCAAAUCCUCCAAGUCUCCUGAAUCCUCCCUCCAAGUCCCCUGAAUCUUCCAAGUCCCCUGAAUUCUCCAAGUCCUCCAAAUCCUCCAAGUCCCACGAAUCCUCCAAGUCCUCUGAAUCCUCCAACAGGUAUCCCGCAAUCCCUCGAAGUCCUUCUGAAUCCUCCAAGUCCUCUAAAUCCUCCAAGUCCCCAAAUCAUCCAAGUCCCCCGAAUCCUCCCACAAAGUCCUCCUCAUCCUCUAAGCCUCCUGAAUCCUCCAAGUCCUCCGAAUCCUCCUUGUCCUCUAUAUUGUCCAAGUCCUCUGAAUCCUUCAAGUCCCCUGAAUCUUCAGAGUCCCCUUAA